GUUACACUAGUUUUUUUUUUUUAGUGCAAGGUAGAUUUUUCUUUUUUCGAGACAGUGGGGCGAAAUUAUAGACUGUGGACCUUCGAUAAAAAUGUGACGCCAACAGGAACUUUCUUUCACAACAGUCGAUUAAAAAUAUCUCUGUCGUGGGAGCGAAUGAAUUCAUUCAGCUGUAAUUCGCAUUUAAUUGACAUCGGGUCGUAAAGAAUUUUGUUUGUUACUUUAGUUUGCCUCGAGUCUUUCUCUGCAAUUAUUAUCUACAGCUGGACAAAUCGAAACUGAGAAAAUGGGAUAUUCUGUUGUUCUCCAAAGAUCACUGUCUUAUUCGGUGAAAAAAGGAACGCGAGAUAUUUCCACUGUUGGCUUUGUCGGAUUGGGCCAAAUGGGAAGCCGUAUGGCUAAAAAUCUCCUGAAAAGGGGAUUUAAAUUGACAGUAUUUGAUGUUAAUGAAGCGGCUGUUACAAAAAUAUGCGAGUCUGGAGCAAAAAGUGCUCAUAGUGUAGGAGAAGUUUCGGAAAAUUCCGAAAUUUUAGUAUCAAUGUUACCAUCAAACAAACAUGUUUUGGAUUGCUACAUUGGUGAUAAAGGUAUUUUGAGCUCAGCAAAAAAGAAUGCACUUUUUAUUGAUAGUAGUACGAUAGAUCCGUCUGUUUCUGAAACAGUAGCACAAGAAGCCGAUAAAAGAAAUAUCAGAUUCAUCGAUGGACCUGUCUCUGGAGGGGUAAAUGCCGCUGAAGCAGGUACCUUAACUUUUAUGGUUGGUGGUUCAAAUAAAAACUUCGAAAAUGCAACACCAGUGCUAGAAGCUAUGGGAUCCAAGAUUAUUCAUUGUGGUGAUAAAGUUGGAAUGGGCCAAGUUGCUAAACUCUGCAACAAUAUGCUUCUCGCAAUCAGUAUGAUUGGCACCGCUGAAGCAUUUAAUCUUGGUGAAAGGUUGGGAUUAGAUUCGAAAAUACUGGCAGAAAUUGUGAAUUCGAGUUCAGGGAGAUGUUGGUCUUCUGAACUUUACAAUCCAGUUCCAGGACUUGUUCCCAAUGUUCCCAGCAGUAAUGACUACAAGGGGGGAUUUGGAUCAACCUUGAUGUCUAAGGAUCUAGGAUUAGCGCAAACUGUUGCAAAUAGAACCCAAACUCCAGUUUUUCUUGGUUCAUUGGCCCAUCAGAUUUAUUUGACAGUUGUAGCGAAAGGUUAUGCAGAUAAAGAUUUCAGUGUCAUUUAUCAAUUUUUGAAAGAUGUUAAAAAAGUUUAGCCUAUGUAAUUUUAUAUUUUAAUUCUUAAGCAUUAAACUUUUAAUUAUAGCCUACACAAUGUAGAUACCAAUUA